AGGGAGUCGAAGCACGAAGCGGCGAAGUGGAGAGCGGCGGGGAGCUGAGCAGCUGUCAUGGCCGACGCUCGACGCGAGCGUAGUUACGAUCGGUUCGUCGUAUCGGACGAACGGUGCGCGGCGAGUUCACGUCGUCCACUGGUGCCGCAGAAGCUGUGAACGUGCGAGAAUGGGGCGCGAUGCCGAAGGGCAGACGAGUAGCGGGUGCCGACGGAUCGACGGCAGACGCUAGCGAACUCGCUCUGCUCGUGCCGGAGGACUUAUGCGACGGGAGGAGGUGGGCGACGAUGGAGUCGCGGCCGCGCAGGACCCGCUUGCGUAGCGUCGUCGGGGUAUGCCUGCUGCUGGCGCUCAGCGGAAUCAUCUACUUGGGCUACUUCUGCCCGGAUCACGUGUGUGCCCUGACCAACCGCGAGAUCAAAGAGUCCGUCAGGCUAUCCGAGGGUCUGCUGGCUCCUGUCGGCCCUGCUGGCUCCGGCCUGUCUUCCGUCUCCAUCGAGCUCGACAGGAAUGGCCUGCUGUCUGUUCAUCCCGCUUUCAAACUCCAGAGCGUCCAGGGCAGUCUGGGCUACGACGAUGUUUUCGCCAACGACACCUUCCAGUUUGAUAUCAAUGCUCACGACGUCAUGGUGUUCCUACAUAUACAGAAGACUGGUGGCACAUUGUUUGGGAAACAUCUGGUGCGAGAUCUAGAUUUGCAAAGACCGUGCUCGUGUCAACGACGACGCAAGCGUUGCUUCUGUUUCCGUCCAAACCGUAACGAAAAUUGGCUGUUCUCACGAUACUCCACCGGCUGGAAGUGCGGUCUGCACGCGGACUGGACUGAAUUAACGAGUUGUGUAGAUACAGAACUUAACAAAAUCGAAGGUGAAGGCAUCAAGCGCCGUUACUUUUACAUAACUAUCAUAAGGGAUCCUGUCGCGAGGUAUCUCUCCGAAUUCAGACAUGUGCAAAGAGGUGCUACAUGGAGAGGCGCUCGUCACUGGUGCGGAGGUACUCAAACGAACAUACCCCAGUGUUACACCGGACCCAGCUGGCAAGGUGUCACCUUAGAACAGUUUAUGGCGUGUUCUUACAAUUUGGCGAAUAAUCGUCAAACCAGAAUGCUAGCGGAUCUAUCAAUAGUUGGCUGUUACAACUCCACUCUCAGCGGUACUGACAGAGAUCGUCUAAUGUUGGCCAGUGCUAAGCACAAUUUGCAGUUCAUGCCUUUCUUCAUGCUGACUGAAUACCAGAAGGUGGGGCAGUAUUCCUUUGAGGAAACGUUUGGAAUGCGUUUCGCGGUUGCCUUCGAGCAGCACAAUGCUACUCUCAGUGCAGCUACUAUGGCAACUCUCAGGGCGGAUCAAUUGGACGCCGUGCGUAGACUCAACAACCUGGACCUGGAACUCUACGAGUUCGCAAAGAAUCUCGCCUUUCAAAGGUUCAAACGGCUUAGAGAUCGUGAUCCCUAUUUCGUACAACGAUUCCAACACCUUGGUGAAUUACCGUCGAGGCAAAGUGCCACGGAAUUUAAUUGGGAUUCUGUCAUCGAAGACACUACGGAUAACGAAUGAGGUAUGAGUACAUUACACCGACAUAAACCUUAUCGACACUUCGCAGUCGUCAACCGCGUGAACAGCGUCACUCUGGAUCUGAGCAUUUUGGGAAAAAUACCCUCGAGACAACAAGAUGCUUUGCUGUAAUCGAUGCGUAGCUGUCUCCGUGAAAUUUACCAAAAGCAGAAAUGUAUACUCGUUUGUACUACGGUUUGUCACUAACCAAUCACCGCGCAAACUCGUGUGAGCAAUAACUCGCAAUCGUGACCAUUUGAGACGCGCUCCUACUUUCAUUUUAUUGUAAAAUACGUGUGCAAGCUGUCGUGCAAACUGGCGUACUUGGACAAGACCAAAGAGAGCUCCGAGAACCUUGGUGUGAUUCCUAGGUACUCUGUCAGUAAACUAAAAGCGUGUAAAAAUUGUUACGUAAUAAUCACAGAAAUUUUCUAUAAUUCAUAUGAAACGUUCGCAAACUCUAUGAAGGUUCUUCCAUAUAUAAGUAACAUAUCUUUGCUUCUAAUCAUACGAGUAAUUAUAAAAUUACUAAUUUCUUUUCAUACAUAUCAAUAUUUAUCCACAAAUUGAAUAAUUGCCAUAUGCGCCAAAUAAUGAUUUUCCUCCAAUUAAUUUGUGCGUAUAUUUUUGUUGUUGAAUUACUUUAUAUCUUUUUUUCUAUGACUUAUAUGUAUGUAUAUAUAUCUGUUUCUGUUCAAUAUAUAGAAAUUCACACAGGGAUUUAAACAGUGUUAUAACAUGUUGAUACAAUUAUAAACUCAUGUUUCUCAAUUGAUAAAAAAGAAAAAAAGAGAUAUAUAUAUACAUAUAGAACAGUGAUAAUCUUAGGAAAAAAGAUAAGGAAGAUAAUAUUUUGAAGACAAAUUGAAAAUACUGUCAAUUUCUUAUUUUAUACCUAUUCUACAAAUGUUUAUUUAUGAAUCUUCUAGAAUUUUCAUGAAGUUUGUACUCACUUUAAAACUAUUGUUUUGUUAUAUACGUUGACAAAAAAUUUUAUAUUUGAGUUAAUCUAAUUUAAUAAAAUUAUAAGUAAAAUUUAUUUCUACAUGUGAUUAAAAAAUUUUAAUAUAUUCUACUAUUACAUAAAAAGUAAGCACAGGCUUCUUUUUAAGACCACUCAUAAAAUAUGCAAAUUGCAACAGCAUUGAGUGCAAAUCAGGAAAAGAAUUGCUUGUAAUAAUGCGAUAACAGUGAAAAAUUAUGGCUGAUGAUUAGUUUUACUUAUGUUUGAUGCGUUACGAAAUUUACAUAAUAUAUAUUAAUUAGAAGGGGAGAGGAAGAGAGAGAGAGAGAGAGCAAACGCCACUAAUUAUUGCACAAAUAUGCUAUUUAUAUUAAAAAGAAGUAAAUUAUUGUUUUGGUUGAAAGAAACAAAAAGAGAACGUGCAAGAGAUCUCAAAUUAGUUCGCAGAUCAUCUUUUACGACAGGAAAUCAAGAAAAAUAGGGAUAUUAUAUUAGUAUUUCAAGGUUUUGGUAGAUAUUUUAUGCGUUAUACAAUUUUUUAUAUCGGUAGCACGUCGUAAUUAAAAGGUGCGUAGGUUUUGACUUACUUUUGUAAAUGUAUAUAUCUGAAAGUACAUAUAUAUUUUUUAAUCAAAUUAUUUGCAGCAUGAAACGAGCUCGCGUUAGCUUUACAAAAACGAUUUGUAUAGUUUUUAAGUAAUAAGAUACUUAUAGUAAACCACAUAGAAAUUGAUGUAUACGUAUAUUUCCGAUGGAAAUUUUCGAGAACAGGGAGAAAGUACUUUUUCAUUCCUGAUCUGAAUAUUGCUCGAGAAAUUAUAAUCAACGGCCCUACUACAUUCGAGAUUGAUAUGUAUAAUACAAAAUACUGUUCACGCUAAUUAUGAUAAAAUUUCGUUCUAGAAGAAUGUUCACAGCAUCAUCAGAUAUUUAAAUUUGUAAAAGUGUAUCAUGUGACAGUUCUUCUUAUUAAGACAAUUUGGUAUUUGUAAGUUAUUUAAUCGCGGGCCUAUAUAGUUAAAUUAAACAGCAGCAUAAAAUGCAUUAGACAAUGUCCGUAGAUUACAAAGUCAGUCAUACUAUCUUACUACAGAUAGUACUCACUCAUCAAGCAACGAAAGUUGCAAGUGCAAUAAGACUCGAUGGGGGUUACCAUUAUAAAUAUCUCGUAUCAUCCAGUCAUAAAAUAAAUGUAAAAUAGCUGUCACAGUUUUAUAUAUAUAUAUAUAUAUAUAUAUGCAUAGCUAACAACUGAAGUAUAAAAAAUUGCAAGAGCUCUCUUGAAAACACUCUUGAAGAUCUUUUAGGGUUGAAUACAGAAAAAAACAUAUAUAUAUGUGUAUGUAUAAGUUUACAUAGAGGAAAUACAGAGUGCCAUAAAUCAUGUAUUUAAAAAAAAAACACUAACCAUUGAAAAUUAACAGUGUUACGUUCGACAUGUAGAAACUUCAUUAUGGCAAAUAAUAAUAUAUAAGUUAUAUAUGAUAUUAUUGAAAUUACAUUGUUUCACAAUGGAAUGAUAUUUAUAUAGUAUAAAUAUGUAAGUGCGUAACACAUUAUUAAUACUAAUGGUUUAAAGCUAAUAUUAAGGACCAAAGAUUAAUAUGUUUCAGCAAAUAUUCAGAGAAUAAGGAAAGAACUUUUGAUAAACAUUAUCAGACAAAAAGCUCAUUACGUCGAUAGAAGCGCAAAACACUUACUUUAACGUAUUUCGUCUAGCUAUCAUUGUCUUAUCGCAAUAAAAGGCGCUUGUUUUAACUGUGAUCGAUUGCUAUGUCAGAUAAAAAAAUUAGUGAGCACAAAAUUAGUGAGUCAAAAUUAGUGAGCACAAAAUUUGUUGAAUAGAUUAUAUUACGAUAACAGUCUUUUUGUGGUGAUUUUCUUAGAAUACGUUAAAAUUUGGUGCGUUCGGUAAUAUCAAGAGAAAUUUAUUUAUUUAUUUCACGUAUACACGUGCGAAAUUGAAAUUGUUAAAACGUUCAUGCGAUCGAUGAUGUAAAAAGGCGCGGUUUUUCCGGUAUAUUAGGCAGAAUGAAACAUUAGCUUUAACGUUUAAUACAAUAUUUGUCGUAAGAGAAAGGAACUAUGAAGAGAGAUAGUUAAUGAAAUGCCAUGACACUAGCCUAAUGAAGCGAACAAUAGGCCUAAAGCCGUCGGUACCUUAUUUAAGCCAGUGUAUAUACCAUACCAUUAGUCGUCU